CGGCUCUUUUCCUCCGGACCGUGUCUCUCCAGCUCCCCACCCCAACCUCACCCCCCAGCCCUCCCUCUAAGGAAGGGACUGAAUGACAACUUGCAGAGUUGUUCUCGCUCGAGCAGCCGGAAGGAGGGAUUUACCGGGAAGAGUGCGUAAAGAGGAGGGAGAACAAGAGUCGCGAAGGACAGUCAGUGUCGGAGGUGUGGGUCCAGGAUUGACUUGACUUUCUCCGGUCCGUCCCUCCUUUAGAAUCACCGCUGUGGAGACAUCCGACGACUUCCCGUCGUCCUCACCCCAAGUGUCCCUUACGUGUCUGCGCGAGGACUGGCAGAGCCGCGGAGCCUGAGGUGAAGCAGAGAUCCUCUAAGACCAGCUGAGGGACACCAGGACAGAGAAUCAUGGAGACCUGCUCUACUUCAAGGAAACUUACUUUGCUCUCCUUUCUCCUGGGGCUCUCGGGCGUAUGGGCCAACAUCCAAAUGUCUCAAACCAGCAUGGAAGUGGUCCAAGGGAAACUGGUGCGGCUAAUAGCCUCAUACGUUGGGAACCCAGACGCUGACCUGGCCACCAGCACUAUCCUCUGGAACUUUGUGACGGACAGCACCCAGCAGGUCAUCAGCUACACCAAAGGCACCAUCAACGAGGGCAGCCUCCAGUUCAGGGGCCGCGUCGGGUUCCUGAAGAACAUGCCUUCGAGUGACGUCUCUCUGUACAUCAACAACACCAAGGAGUCUGACACCGGCCGUUAUGUGUGUCAGGUCAUCAUUCCUUCUGUUACUUCUAAUCCCGCUGAGGUCUCUCUUGUGGUGAACGUCCCUCCUGCUGUUCCCAAGUGCUCUGUGUCCGGGAAGCCGGUGCUGAAAGGGAACGUGACUCUGAUGUGCACGUCUAGUGCCGGGAAGCCUGUCCCACUGUACAAGUGGAGGAGAACCAGUCCUACCUCCGAGGUCUUUUUUGCACCGAUGCUCAAUGAGAACACCGGGAAUCUGAAGUUGAGCAACCUGAGCAGCAACAUGUCCGGGACGUACGUGUGCACAGCCAGCAACACGGCAGGAAGCGAGACCUGCUCCGUCACCCUGGACAUCAUCAACACCAAUAAGGUCGGAAUGAUUGUUGGCGCUACAGUCGGAUCAGUCCUCGGUUUCAUCUUCCUCCUCUGUGUCUGCGUCGGGUUCCUGUUUAUUUUCAAGAGAAGAAGAGACAACGAGGACGACAUGGCCAAUGAAAUCAAGGAAGACGCUCAGGCUCCGAAGCGCGUCUCCUGGGCGAAGAGCGGCAUGGGCUCUGACGUCAUCUCGAAGAACGGCACGCUGUCAUCCAUCGCCUCCAGCCCGCGCCACAAAGACAACCACCACCACCACCUGCAGCAGUAUCCCCAGCACCCGGCCUCGGACACAGCCUCCAUCAUUACAGCCACGGGCAGCGCCACCGGCUACAGACCUCCCCGCCACCAGGGGGCCUCCACUCCCACCCAUUACAGCUACAACAACAGCAGCACGCUGCCCCACGGACAGCCCGCCACCGCCCAGGCCGCCAACGGCAGCUCGCAGGCGGUCCAGGAGCGCUACGGCCACCUGCCCCAGGCCCAGCAGCUGCCCCAGACCUACGCCCAGCUGCAAGGGAAGUUCCAGCCCGCCCCGUCCCCGCCGCCGCUGCCCACCUCCACCAUCACAGUCUCCAACAUCCACCGCAUGGGAGGGGUGCCCAUCAUGGUGCCUGCGCAAAACCAAGCAGGCUCUCUGGUCUAACUAGAAGUGCCGCGCCACGCAGUUGGACUGACCUGAGGCUCAGCCGGGUCUCUGGAGGGAACGCUUUGUGUUUUUAUUAUUAUUAUUAUUAUUUUUAUUUUUUUUUUAGCAAACCGGACGAGAGGAAGACGUCACUUACUGUUAGACGCUUUCAAGUCAGCAGGCUGCCAUGACAACCAUUCAAGACAUGCUUUUUACUUGCUUUAUAUUCACUCUUUAUAUUCUGUUCUCACUAAUGACGUAUAGAUAAAAUUCCCUUUUCUACUUU